AUGUCGGCCGACCAUGAAUCGGAACCUGGCCCAACCAGCUCAGAGCCAACUCCAGAGAGGCAAAGAGACUCCCAUCAGCCUCAGCCACUGCGUGAACCACAAGCUAAAGAGGAUGACCUGGCCCCAGCCACAAAAUGUGACACAAUGCAGCUGAUAAGAGAAAUUAAACAAAUGUUUGACACAGACAUGAAUAUGGCUCGGAUGGAAAUAAAAGCAGUGACAUUUAGAGUCCAGGCCACAGAAUAA